AUGAACCUUGCAAGCCUUGAUGACGAGCUCUGGCUGAGCGAUCUGACCGAAGAUGAGGAGGGCGGGUCAACAGACCCACGGUCCUUUUCCCUGGAGUUGACAUACCAAGGACCUGCUGGGGGACAGCUACAGAGAGCCGUGGUGUCCAACUUUGAAAUGGGGCGACGAUCCAAGUCUGCCUACCAGGUCAGCUGUGAGGCAAAGGCUAUGAUCCAUGGCCGAUGGGGAGGGGCAGGCCAGGACUCGUGCGACUGGGCCUCGCUGUUGGUGUAUGAGUUCCAGUUUCACUCCUACCGUGGACGCCGACUCAAGCAAGCCGACAUUCGCUUCAGGUUCGAGCCGGUGCCGGGUCAGUCAAAUGAACUGGCUGUUACUGGCAUUCGGCCGGAUCGCGUGUUCAAGAUUGCACGCACCGAGCAAUCCGAGCAUUCCAUGACUGGCCUUGAGCUAAAGCUUGGGUCCCAGCCGCUGGCAGGAGCCGUGAACACUUCAUUCAGCGUCUCCAAAUGGGACGAGGUGGAGAAGGUUACAGUCCAUCACACCGUCGUCACUGGUGACCGACCUGCAGAUAUCUACGGCAGUCAGCAUGAGGCCCAUUUCUCGCUGUCUGAGAACAGAUCACAGAAGGACGGGAUCCCUACACGGCUGACAGCGUGUAUUCUUUUGAGGCGGGGAACGGAAGACGACUUUGCUUGUGUUCCCUACAUUCGUGUUACUCCGGACUUCAAGACCUGGGUUGGACAGUUGUUCUCGUCUCGGGACAAGGAUGAUUCUAUCUGGUUCCGUCCCUCUGAGCCGGCGUUCGAUCAGCUGGAAAAAGGGAUCGUAGUCGACGCGGGCAAUCUGGGGGCCACCAAUCUAGAUCAGCUGUGGGGUUGCGCCAUGUACACAGAAUGCAACAAUGUAGGGAAGUCUAUUCAAGCAUCCCUCUAUUCUAGUUACAACUAUGUCCUGUAUGGUGCUCCUUUCCGCACAGAUAACCCCUACGUGAGGGUGUAUAUCGUCUUCCCAUGGUGGUAUUGUUAUCGCUACCUUCCUCAACAUCACGCAGUACCUCUCCCAGCUCCCCAGCUAUGGACGAUUAUUAAGACGGGGCAUUUGAGGAAUGGGGAGACCUGGGAAUCAAUGGAGUCAGCGGUGAGUGAGUUUCGAGAUCAUGAUAAUAGGGAGGUGCCAACUCUGCUCCAUCACCUAUCCAAAGAUAAGCUUGCCCAUGGGUUCUACGAUCUCCCUGAAUCUACCCGCGUCUGCAUCCUGGAUUGUCUUCUUCAAGUCCACCUGCUAGAUGACGAUGCAAUUUCAGAGCACGCCCAAGCCAAUGAAAUUGGGGAAGAUGAGACCCCCUUUCCAAUUCUCAUUAGUGCCCUCAAGCACGUCAACCUCUCGUUUCUUUACACUAUCUUGACCAAUCUCAAGGAUCCCCUCCUGCAGCUCCUUCAAAUUCCCCAUGGGAGUAAACGCCGAAAUCCUCUACAUGAAGCAUUCCGAGUACUUUAUUUGAAGCAGAGGAGUGUGAAUAAAAUCAGCUCUGUCAGCAACAAGGAGGGAAUGAAAGCAGACCUGAGAGUGCUCACGCAGAUUGUUCAUGAUUGGGUUGAAUUGGCCCCACAAUCGGCCCUCGCGGCCAGAGAUAACGAUGGGAAUGCCCCUUUACAUUAUGCGAUGAACUAUAACCUAUGUUACUACUUAGAUGCGAAGGUAUACCGGCCGGUUGUUGUCGCUCUAAUUGACAAGAGCAUCUCCAGCCGGAUGCAGGUCGAGUGUCUAUUUAACAAGGAAGGCAAAUCUCCUUACCUGACUUACCUUGACAGUGAAUCCUGGUUUGCUGAGAAGCAACAUACUUCAUCGUCUUCGAAGCCUGCAGCAGUGAACGGGGUUUCCGGGUCGAAGCCAAAUCUUGUAAGGCUCGGAAUCGAGGGAAAGCGCGUGGAGGGGAAAGAAAAGCCGGGUGAAGAGGCAAGAAGAGAGACGCAGAAUGAACCGUCCCAGCCGCUUUGUAUGCCUUCACAUUCUGACCCACUGACAAUCUCUUGGACCGGCCUAGCCCCGCCAGACCGCUUCCAAGCGACCUCGCUGUCGCUUCCUCCAAGCUGGGUUCGCAACCCCAAAGUUCUACUAUUCACCCAGGAUAACCGCAAACCUGCGGCAUCGGAGUCUAUGCUACGGUCCCCAUCGAUGAGGUCGCGGGCAGGUGCACCUAAAGAACCGACACCCUAUCAAAUACAGCAAAGCAGAGUCGAAAGCUCGCGUAGAAAAGAGGCUGCCGAUGAAAUACGGCAGUACCUUAGGCUGUGCUACCUACGCAACAUGUCCGACGUGGAUGCCAAGAAUUUGCUUUAUGGCAAUGUCGCCUCAGACAAGAAUUUAUACUUUGAUGCCACGCACUUGAGAGGGCGAGGUCCAGCGCAGAUUGUCCAAUUGAUUCAGAAGCUAGCCCGCGCAGGAGGGUUCGAAGAUACACUCUCCUACGUGAAAAUCCCCCAACUGUCGGAGCCAUACUGGCUGCCAGAGCCUGCUAGCAAAGCCAAUACAACUAACGACAAGAGAGGGCCCAACGGUGUAGGUAGUCAGCGGAAGGCCACAGUGGGACGCAACGCCCUAGUUUCUGUCUUCGAUGAGCUGGCUGCUACAGGUGUUCAGAGAAUUCUACGACUCCAAGUUGAAGACCACGGCCACGAAUUGGCCCAUUCCGAUACAGCUAUUGAAAGGGCUAUUAGGGGAUGGAACUACCGUGGCGAGUCUGAUCCUUUCGGUACUCGAACCAGGGCCUUGAAAAUAGAAACCUGGUAG